UGUGAUAUUUUUUGCUUUUACACUUUUUCACACAAGCUUAAUAGAGUGGAGGGGUGCUUAUUUAUUUAAAACCUUAGACAAUUUAAUUCUUCCUUUUUCCUCUUGAAAGUGUCAUUGAAGUAGUUUAUGAAAAAAUGUCUAAGUUGUUUGGGAUAUUUGCAUGCUUAGUGAUUGUGGCUUUAGAUGCUCUAGCUGGUCUUCUUGGAAUUAAAGCAGAAGGAGCUCAAAACCAGGUAAAACACUUGAAGCUAUGGUUUUUUGAGUGUAAAGAGCCAAGCCAUGAUGCAUUUAUUCUAGGGUUAGCUGCUGCUGGUCUUCUAGCAGCUGCUCAUAUUCUUGCUAAUCUUGUUGGAGGCUGCAGCUAUUGCUAUUGCACUGGAGAUGACAUACAAAAAGCACCACCUAGCAGACAAUUAUCACUUGCUUGUCUUCUUUUCACAUGGAUAAUAAUGGCAGUUGGAAUGGGAAUGCUAGUGAUCGGAACAAUGUCAAAUAACAAAUCGAGAUCUUCAUGUGGUUUAUUGCAUCAUCAUUUCUUCUCAAUUGGUGGAAUUUUGUGUUUCGUACAUGCAAUCUUUUCUGUUGCAUUCUAUGCCACAUCUACUGUGACAAUUGCAUAGGACGAUUUCGUCGUUCGAAUUGUAAUCUGAAGAAGCGUUUUUAGUGGUGGAUCGUGCUCAAAAUCUCUUGGAAGGGGGUGUGAGAGAGGAUCGAUGCUUUCAUUUUCUUUGUUUGAUCAUAGUUGUUGAGAUGACUAGGGCAUUUGAUGUUUUCAACUAAUGGUAAUUGCAUAAUUAUUGAGUACU